ACUGUUAAUAGGACUGUUGUUUCUUGCAUCUGGAUGUAGGUAGAGACCCUGUGAAGAAGAGAAUUGUACUUCCAGAUAAAAAGGUGAAUAUAAAAUUUCUUAGGUCACAGAGUGGGGAUUAGUAAAGGCUUGCAUCAUAAUACACAUGAUGCUAAUAUAAAAUGUCAACUUGAAUGCAGAUGUCUCUAAGGAAGAUAUGAAGCUGGAAGAAUCCAGGGAUUUCAAGUUUUGAGUAAUGAGCGUCUCACAAGAUUACCACAGCUAAACUGAAAAGGCAGAUGCAGCUCUGACUGCCAGAUUGGUGUGUGCACUGCAUGUACCUGAAAACGCACAUGUUUUUGUCAUCACAUAGACUUGCUCUGGCAUAUUCCUGAGAGCUUUGCAAUUGAUGAAAAUUAGUUUGAAAACCAGAUGGAGCACCUUUACAGCGCAGGAAUCAGUAAUCCAUGGAAAGACACCUGCCAGUAAUGUUCAGCUUUCCACAUGGUCUUCACGGGUGAAAAAAGUUUGCAAGAAGAGGAAGAAAAAACACCCUCUGCACAGAAAAAGCGUAAUAAAUACCUCCACAAUCUAAAUCAAUAGCUGUGAGGGAAACAGAAGAAUACAGUGGGCAGAGGAAACUGAUUUUGUUCUAGCAGAGGAGCAAUGUAUGGUCUUUGGCUUGUUUUUCUCUGGGCUCAGUAGUUUGUGAAUGGACUAAUAAACCAUGACCUUAUGUUGAGUAAUGAUGACUGGAAGUAAAUAAGUUGAGGAACUAUGGGACAAGUCUGGGCAUUGAACUGAGCAAACCUUUCUGCCCUUCUUGAGUUAACAAGGUCAUCAAACUUGCAUAUUCUUUCUCCCUCUCCUUUUUCCUCUUUUCACUUAGUGUGAUAUAAAUACUAAUUAAUUGAGCUCAUAAGUGUUAUUCAAAUAAAACGAUUGGAAUACUUCUUAUGUUUCCUUCUUGUACAGCUGCAAAUGUUGUGUCUGGAACUAUGAAUCUGUGCUGUAGACAAGCAUCAAGAAGGAAAGAUCCGAUCAAACAAGCAAGGAAAAUACCUAGAGAAACAGUGAACCCAGGAAGUCAGAGUUUUAAUGCUGCUUCUCUUUCUUUUUUAGAUGAUUAUAUUUGUUCCUUCCUUGAAUUUUAGAAGAUUCUGAAAGAGUGCUUACUUGAUGUGCUUUAGUUCUGGCAUUUGUUUUUUAUGGUAGAAUGAAACGUCUGUGAUUCCAUGUAGUAGAAAAAAAGGGAAAAGUAAAGGAAAACCAGCUUGACAUUUUAGCCUGUUUCAGAGGAGAGAGAACUUCAUGGUUCACCUGAGGCAAACUUAUCUACUUUGAACGCUAAAAGCUUUAGAGCAUUUUUGAUUCUGCUAUAAAUGAAGAGGGGGUUCUUUUUCAUUCGUGUGCGGCAGCAAAAAGUGGGAAAGCAGGCAAGAUAGCGUGAUAAACAGUUCAGGCUGUGUUGGUCUCUGGUGGAAAAAAAGUGCUGCAAUGAAAAUUGGAUUGGCUUUGGAUUGCAAAAACUUUUGAGUCCAACAGGCGGUUCAGAAUCAAGAGGGAUUUCCCAACUGGCCUGGCACACCAGUGCCUGCACAAGUUCGGGUCUGUUGUUUCACACGGUUUGUGUGCCUUUUUUUCCCUUUAUGCAAUCUCUUUCAGCUUUAGCAGCAGAAAUACAUCAGAUGGAAAAGAUAUGCCAGAGGGCAGCUUGGAAAAGAGGAAUGUCAUAUAUAUACAUAUAUAUGUAUGUGCGUGUGUUUCAAUUUCUGCAACUGAACUUUUGAAGAAAAUCUGACUGGAGGAAAUUCUAAAAGCCUUAAGUUACUUGAAACCUACACAUUUGCAACUCUUUGUCUCUGGAAUUGCAUUACGCUAAACUGGAAUCUCAGGCUGUAUAAAGAUUAUAUCAAGUUGAGCAAAAAGAUGACUUAACCAUUUCUUGAGCGCCUCUUAUGAAGUAGCUGUUUCUCCAAAGGAUAAGUGCACCCUCACUCUACAGACUCGAAAACAAAAAUGAACCUGAAUUUUUUUUUAAGUGUUACUUUUUCUUAGCCAACUGCCAUCAUCUUUUAUAGAGGAAUUUUUCACUAUGCAUUUGGUGGAUAUUUAUAAACACUGACCCCAUCCUCCUCCCUUUCAAUGAUCUAUCCCAGGUCAGUCUUAUCAAUAAAAAAAAAAAAAAAAAUUUGAUUUAAAUUUUGUGCACUAGACAUAUUACUUUCGUAUGUCAAAAAAUAAAAUAUUUAAAAAGCAUGUAUGCAGCAGUGGAACAUGGGCCUGUUCUUUGCAGCGAUUCCAACAUCCUCUGCCUCUCCUGGAAAGGGAGAGUCCCCAAAAGUGAGAAGGAGAAACCGGUGUGCAGGAGGCGGUACUAUGAGGAAGGCUGGUUGGCAACAGGCAAUGGCAGAGGAGUUGUAGGCGUCACUUUUACUUCCAGCCAUUGCAGAAGGGACCGGAACACCCCUCAGAGAAUCAACUUCAAUUUGAGGGGCCACAACAGUGAGGUUGUGCUGGUGAGAUGGAACGAACCAUUCCAGAAAUUAGCAACCUGCGAUGCAGAUGGAGGAAUAUUUGUUUGGAUACAAUACGAAGGCAGAUGGUCUGUGGAGCUUGUGAAUGACCGUGGGGCACAGGUAAGCGACUUUACAUGGAGCCACGAUGGGACUCAAGCACUUAUCUCCUAUAGAGAUGGAUUUGUGCUGGUCGGUUCAGUCAGUGGACAAAGACACUGGUCUUCAGAAAUAAACUUGGAGAGUCAGAUCACCUGUGGAAUAUGGACUCCAGAUGACCAACAGGUACUGUUUGGCACUGCUGAUGGACAAGUUAUCGUCAUGGACUGUCACGGCCGAAUGCUGGCCCAUGUGCUCCUUCACGAGUCAGACGGCAUCCUCAACAUGUCCUGGAACUACCCGAGCUUCCUGGUGGAGGACAGCAGCGAGAGCGACACGGACUCCGAUGACUAUUCCCCACCACAAGAUGGACCAGCUGCGUAUCCCGUCCCGGUGCAGAACACCAAGCCACUGCUUACUGUCAGCUUCACGUCAGGAGACAUCAGUUUAAUGAACAAUUAUGAUGACUUGUCUCCUACUAUCAUCCGCUCAGGGUUGAAAGAUGUGGUGGUACAGUGGUGCACACAAGGAGACCUACUUGCAGUAGCAGGCAUGGAAAAGCAAAACCAGCUGGUUGACCUCAGCAAUGGUUCCCUGUUGAAAAGCGCACUUGUCAAGUUCUACAAUGUGCGUGGGGAACAUAUCUACACUCUGGAGACACCUGUGCAGCGUCCCAUCAUCUCCAUCUGUUGGGGUCACAGGGAUUCAAGACUGCUGAUGGCUUCCGGACCUGCGUUGUAUGUAGUCAGAGUCGAGCACAGGGUCUCCAGUCUGCAGCUGCUGUGCCAGCAGACCAUCGCUAGCUGUCUGCGGGAUGACAAGGACAUCAGCAAACUCACCCUGCCCCCUCGGCUCUGCUCGUACCUCACCACUGCCUUUAUACCAACCAUCAAGCCUCCCAUCCCAGACCCAAACAAUAUGAGAGACUUUGUCAGCUACCCAACAUCUGGUAAUGAACGGCUUCACUGCACGAUGAAGCGGACAGAAGAUGACCCAGAGGUUGGUGGUCCGUGUUAUACUUUGUACUUGGAAUACCUUGGGGGACUGGUGCCUAUCCUGAAAGGACGUCGUAUCAGCAAGUUGCGACCAGAGUUUGUCAUCAUGGAUCCUAAAACAGAUGGAAAAGCAGAUGAAAUCUAUGGAAACAGCUUGAUUUCCACUGUGAUUGACAGCUGCAACUGCUCUGACUCCAGUGAUAUUGAACUCAGUGAUGACUGGGCAGCAAAGAAAUCUCCAAAAAUCAGUCGAGCUAGCAAAUCACCUAAACUCCCCAGAAUCAAUAUAGAAGCUCGCAAAUCUCCAAAGAUGUCCCGAGCUGCGCAGGAGAUAUCAAGAUCGCCAAGGUUACCAAUAAGGAAACCCUCUAUUGGUUCACCAAGCCUGACCCGAAGGGAGUUUCCUUUAGAAGAUAUUACCCAGCACAACUACCUUGCUCAGGUCACAUCUAAUAUCUGGGGAACCAAAUUUAAAAUUGUGGGUUUGGCUGCUUUCCUACCAACUAACCUUGGUGCAGUAAUAUAUAAAACCAGUUUGCUGCAUCUACAGCCCAGACAAAUGACAAUAUAUCUCCCAGAGGUGCGGAAGAUUUCAAUGGACUACAUUAACAUGCCUGUCUUUAAUCCAAAUGUUUUCAGCGAAGACGAAGAUGAUUUACCAGUGCCCGGUGCCCCCGGCGCCCCCGCCAGCAGCCCGCCGUGCACCGUCAACAUCCCCAUCGCCCCCAUCCACAGCUCCGCACAGGCCAUGUCGCCUACACAGAGCAUAGGCCUGGUCCAGUCGCUGCUGGCCAACCAGAACGUGCAGCUGGAUGUGCUGGCAAACCCGCCGGCGGAAGCGGGGAGUGAGGGGACGGGACCCUUCCCGGGGGCGCCAGGCCGCUUUCCCGGCCCUGGGGCAGGGGCACUGGCCGUGGGGGAGCUGGGCCGCCCAGCCCCACCACCGCCUCCGCUCGCCCCGCCGCCCCCCGCGCCCCCCGCCAUCGCCCUGGCUGACCUGCGGGACCACAGCGACCGGGAGCACGAGCCCCCACCCAAGACCAAGGCCCCACGGCCGGGGCCACAGCUGGUAGAAGGGGAUGCCGUCAUCUUUGGGGCCGCUCAGGAGCUGCAGCUGAACAAGAUGAACCCGCCGCCACCCUACCCCGGCACCAUCCCUGCCCCACCGACCCUGCCACCCCCACCUGGCCCCCCGCAGCCGCCCCUCGAUCUCUGCCUCAAAAAGGGGGAGUUCUCACUCUACCCGGCGGGGCACUACCAGACGCCCCUGGGGUACGAGCGGAUAACAACGUUUGACAGCAGCGGGAACGUGGAGGAGGUGUGCCGGCCUCGCACCAGGAUGCUCUGUGCCCAGAGCACCUACACCCUGCCGGGUCCUGGCAGCUCUGCCACCUUGCGUAUCACAGCUGCUGAGAAGAAGAUGCAGCAGCCCUGUGCCAGCGCCACCCUGAACCGGCUCACGGUCCCCCGUUACUCCAUCCCAACCGGGGACCCACCGCCCUACCCUGACAUUGCCAGCCAGCUGUCCCAGGGCAGAAGCAUGGCACAGAGGCUGGACAGCACUAUCAUUCAUGCUACUCUGCGAAGGAACAGCAGAGAGGCAGCCCUGAAAAUGGCUCAGCUGAUGGAUGGUCAGAGAGCCACCUUGCAACUUCCCCCGAAACCCAAGAGCAACAUUGUGACGGCACAGUACCAGCAGAGAGUACCCACUGCCUUGUACACCUGCAGCCAGUGCAGCAGUGGUGGUACUGGCAGCAGCAGCAAUGCGAGCGCUGGUGGUGCGGGCAACAUCCCUAGUGCCAGUGCUAGUAGCAGCACUUCCAAUAUCGGUGGCAUGAGACCUGAUCUGAGCACAGGGAGUGGCUCCCAGCACAGCUCUGUCAUUGCUCACUCUGUCAGUACUUCGCCUCUGGCCUCCCAGUCCUCCUACAGCUUGCUGAGCCCACCUGACAAUUCCCGUGACCGAGCAGAUUAUAUCAACUCCGCCUUCACGGAGGAUGAGGCCCUUUCUCAGCACUGCCCAGUGGAGAAAUCAAUACGGCACCCGCCUAUGUCCUUGACAGAGGCUACCCUUGCUGUAAAACGGCCACCACCAUACCAGUGGGACCCUAUGGUGACUGAAGAGAUAUGGGUUCCUCAGGAAAGGACAUCUCAGAGCUCAGUGCCCAAUCCUCUAAAACCUGCUCCACUCAUCAUUGGUCAAACUCAACAUCUGGAUAUGUCUCGAGUGCCAUUCGUUUCCCCCAAAUCUCCAACCAGUCCCACUGCCACCUUCCAGACAAGUUACGGGGUUGGAGUACCUUACCCAGGAAGCUACAGUGCCCCUCCCCUUCAGGGAAUGCAGGCCCCCUGCUCCCCCAAAGAAGCUCUGGCCCCAACACAGUUUGCACAGCAGGAGCCCACGGUUGUGCUUCAGCCAGGUUAUCCAUCCAACCUCUCCUAUUGCCCUUUGCCACCCAUGUACCCGGGAAGUAGCACUUGCUCUAGUUUACAGCUGCCACCGAUCGCCUUGCACCCGUGGAGCUCCUACAGCACCUGCCCACCCGUACAGAACCCCCAGGGCACCCUGCCCCCCAAACCGCUCCUUGUGGUGGAGAAGCCGGUGAUGUCUCCCCCACCAGCAGAGCUGCAGGGCCACGUGGGCACAGAGGUGAUGGUGGAGACGGCAGACACUUUCCAGGAGGUGCUCUCCUUGACAGAAAGCCCUGUUCCUCAAAGGACAGACAAAUUUGGCAAGAAGAGCCGGAAACGCCUGGAUAGUCGAGCCGAGGAAGGAAACAUGCAGGCUAUCACUGAGGGCAAAGUCAAAAAGGAGGCAAGGACACUGACUGACUUCAAUUCGCUAAUAUCCAGCCCUCGGCUGGGGAGGGAGAAGAAGAAGGUCAAGAGCCAGAAAGAUCAGCUGAAGUCCAAGAAACUAAACAAGACAAAUGAGUUUCAGGACAGUUCAGAGAGUGAACCAGAGCUUUUUAUCAGUGGAGAUGAACUGAUGAACCAGAGCCAGGGCAGCAAAAAGGGUUGGAAAACCAAAAGGAGUUUGAGGACAGCCACUGAACUGGAUGAAUUCAAGUGCCGGAAGGCCAGCGAGAAGGAGGAUGGGAGACUGGGAAGCCAGGGCUUUGUGUACGUGAUGGCCAACAAGCAGCCACUGUGGAACGAGGCGACGCAAGUCUACCAGCUGGACUUUGGAGGGCGGGUGACCCAGGAAUCGGCAAAAAACUUUCAGAUUGAGCUGGAAGGACGACAGGUGAUGCAGUUUGGAAGAAUUGAUGGCAAUGCUUACAUUUUGGACUUUCAGUAUCCAUUUUCUGCAGUGCAAGCCUUUGCUGUUGCUCUGGCUAACGUGACUCAACGCCUCAAGUGAACAAGCAGAGACUGGAGAGAGGAAAAUGUUAACCUUCUCAAUAAAGUCCAAACCCGAAAAUGUCAGGGCAGCCUGCUUUAGGUGUGCAGAGGUGCCUGGGAGUGAGGAAGGCAGUAAAACUGGAAAAGUCUUUUGGUGCCCACCAGAAGGGCAUUAACUCUAAUCAGUCAUGGGGUGGAGGGUGGGGGGGCUGUUUUCUGUUUUGUUUGUUUGUUAGCGUGUUUUGUUUUCUGUUUUUGUUUUUUUUUUUUCUUUUUAAGCGUUGUGCUGGGUCUCAGAAAGAGCGAAGGGUUGAGAACCAUUCGAUGUUACGUGGAGAAGUGUGGCUUUUGGCUUGUUGUGGUGGUUCUGCCAUGUGUGCUACAGUAGCUGAUGUAAGCUCAUGGGGGGAUUAAAACAGACUGCUCUUUUUGA